AUGGAAGUGAUGGUGAAAAAAUUUCAGUCAAAAUUCCUAAAAGUUAGGGAAGAAAUCAAUCAGUGGGAUGAUCUUCAAUCUCGCCUAAUUUCACAGUUUAGGAAUGCUUCCCAUAUUUUGGAUAGGUUGCAGGUGCUUCAAAAAUCUAGCAAUUAUGGCACUCUAAAUUGUGUUGCUGGUGUUAAAGAUGGUCUUUUGGAAAAGCAGAUUGGUUCUUUGAAUACCAUUUUGAUUUCCAUGAAAAGGACUUUGGAAGAGUUCCAUCGUAUUGUCUUAUCUCUUGAGAAAAUUAGUCGUGACGGUAGACAACUAGUCAAAGGUAGUUCUUCUCGCCCAACCAUGAAACAACUGCAGCAGCGUGUUGGUGUCAAACCUAGGCUUAUUGAUUGCUUGGACGGCCUUUUGUUUCUACAUGAAAUAUACUACUCAGAGUAUUUAUUAAAAACAUCAGUUGUAUCAGCAAUAUCAUCAAUAGCCUUAAUGCCCAGCAGUGCCAGUGAUCUUGGUGCCCUACAGCAACUCUUGAUUGAUCAACCAAAUAUCCUUACUGAGGAAGUUCAAUUUUUGAUGGAUACAAUAUUUGCUGAAGAUUUGUGUUGA